UCUACCGUCGCUCCUCCCCCUCGAUCUGGUAUAAAUAGAGAUGGUUUGGUUUGAAUCUUCAGUCCUGCUUACUCCUCAAGCUUGCAAAUAUCAUUAAAUAUGAAGUCCGUUGCUGUUGUUGCUCUGUGUCUAUUUGCUGCAGUUGCUGGUGAACCUGAUGCCAGUGCUGAACCUGGAUAUGGUCAUCAUGCUCUUGCAUACCAUGGAUAUGGAUAUGGUCAUCAUGCCUAUGCUGGAUAUCCUUAUGCCCAUGGAUAUCAUAAGAGGUCCGCUGAUGCUGAUGCUGAGCCCGGAUAUGGAUAUGCUUAUGGAUAUCCCAGCCAUUAUGGAUAUGCCCAUCAUGGUUAUGCUGCCUACCCUUAUGGACACCAUCUGAUCGGCAAGAGGUCUGCUGAUGCUGAACCCACUGCUGAUGCUGAAGCCCACCAUGGAUAUGGAUAUGCUCCUCUUGCCUACGGAUAUGCUCACCAUGCCUAUGCUGCUUACCCUCAUGCUUAUGGAUAUCAUGCUCUUGGCAAGAGGUCUGCUGAUGCUGAACCUGGAUAUGGAUAUGCUUAUGGAUAUCCCUAUGCCCAUGCUCAUGGAUAUGGAUAUGGAUACCCUUCCAGAUACGGAUACCUUCAUUAAUUUAUUAGAUAUUUGUUUUUAGAGUUGAGGAAACUUAUCAGAAAUGUGAAUUUGGUAAUUCCUAGUCACAAUAAGACUGCCAUAAUUGUAAAUAAAGAUUAAAUUUAAAAAGAAA